AUGGAUACUUCACAGAAAUGUGUGGAAAACUAUGAAGAAACUUCACCGUUUGACGCCGACCAUGAUUAUCCUCCUUGUCCUACUGGUUUAGUUUCAGUUAGCGUCACUCCAGUUGUUCGAAUUGAUAACAACAAUGUGUUGCCUCACAUAGAAUUAAAUAUUUCUACCGUAAUAUACGAUCAUGUUGAAUCUGUCACUAUACGUCUACAAUGUCUGCAUGCUCCCGAUGCCGAAGAUAUUUACUGUCAUGAUUCCACCCGAAUGUUACGUGAAGGCAAAUGGUUGUGGCCAUGCAGAGCUAUUGUCUUUCACGAGAAAGAACCUGUUUUGAUUCCUUUUGCAUUCGGAUAUUCAUGCUUCCGGAUGUUUGGCCUUUCACAGUACAUUGUCAACGUUACCAUUUUUCCUCAGCAGUGCAGAUCGAGUCUGCUGGUCACUUCGCCAACAGAUUCUCAGUUGUCUCCGGAAAUAGCUGCAUAUUACUCAAAUAAGAAUAGUUCCAGUCCAGUCUGGUCACCUCUAUUGAUUGUUGAUUUUGGUGAUGAGGAUGGGCUCUGGUUGCGUGUCGAAGGACCUUCAUCAGUGCAUGGU